AUGAAGUUCCUUAAAGUAUAUUUUUUCAAGCUUUCAACAUGCUGUCGACAGCGGUGUCCAAAGUGUGUCAGUUUAUGCUGGUACGAAGAUUCCGCCACCAAUCAAGUUAUCCGAAGCCUCCUGCUCUAUUUCUACGGCUUACUUUUGGGUGGCUUGUUUUGGAGAUUUGUUCUGCUGAAUAUUGGACUGCCAUUUGAUUCAGUGUUUCUCGUAGGACUUGUGACAUCUCUUUUUCUCGGCUACGGCUGCGCUUUAUCCAUUCAAAUUCGUUGCUUCAGUUCCCUUUGUCUGGUGGGAUUUCUCGGAAAAGCCGGAAGGAGCAUGUUGAAAGCCAUCGUGCUGAGUUGUAUCCUGACCGGACCGAUCAACAAUCUCAGUUUGAAUGCAAGGGAGGUUGUUCGGGUAUUCACCUGUUCCACCGUUUUGACCUACAACAUGAGCAAGGUUCGAUUCGAUCUCACGACAAAGCCAUUCCAAAAUGCACUGCUUGGCAGUAAAGAGAAUCUAGAACAGGUAAAGGAUGAAUUCAGCACGAUUGUGGAUAUUAUGGAACCGAUCGAACAGGAAGUGGAAGGUCCAGAUGAUGAAUCUCUGUUCGACCGACAGGAACGUGAAAUGGAUCCCGCUUUUGAGCAGUAUCGAAAAAAAUACGUACACAAACUACGAAAACGCUGCGAAACACAGCUAGAAAGAGGUGUCGGUCGGUGUAAGCAGGCAUUUCAAAGGGUUUACGACAAAUGUCAUGAGAAGUUGCCAAUUUUGGUUAACUAUUUGCUAUGUUGGCCCUUGAAGAUUGAUUUUAUGUGCAGUGCGAGUGAAAUGUUUGGGGACCACGAUGAAAUUUGCUCUUCAGAGGAUGUUGUUGAUCCCGAGUUUGGUCAAGAUUAUGGUCAGUUGAAAAGCUCCAGAGAAGAUCUGGUAGGGGAUUUGAAGGAUAUAAGGAUUGAAUAUGAAUUCGUCGAUAUGGAACAACAUGAAGGAUAUUUGACGGCAAAGCAAACAAGUAAGCAAGUGGUGCAAGAAUUUGAACGCAAAAAGGAAUCGUUUGAUUUGGUGGUAUUUAUUUUGAAAAAGAUCUUUGCAUUUAUAUUCGUAAAAGUUAUUUUCGGUGCUAUGUCCUACCAUCAAAGUUAUCUGAAGAAGCUCGAUUUUGAGAACCAUUACAUUACUGACUACUUCCAACACGUGGAUCAGCGAAGAAGGCAACAGGGCAAGAUAUGCAUACUUCCUUUGAGAUGGGUCGAGCAACCGUAUUUAGUUGAUCUAGACUCGGCAGCUUGUACUCGUUUCGAGCUGAGGAAAAUUUUCGUUCAUUUGAUGACCUUGCUUCUGCAAGCGAUUUCGGCAACGAUUUUCAUCUUAAUUGAUAGAUUGUUUUUCGAAACACUGGAUAUUGUUUCCAGACAUUCGAAGGUAGACUUCAAGCAGGAAGGAUAUCAUGAUGUUAACGUUACCGUAACUGGCACUGGGGUGAUCGCAAUGAUGGUUCGACGAUCGGUUGAAGGUUUCACCACUCACAUCAGGGUGAAUCUACAAACAUCGAACGAAGAAUGUUUACCACGACCAUCGAGCCUGGAACCAUGGAAUUUGGUGCAAAUCUACUUGCUCUUGCUGGGAGUUGCUGUCCUUGUAUUGAACGAAGCUUACAUUAAUCGAAUGAGGCGACUGAUCUGCUGCUGGUUCUACCCGAAGCGUGAAAAGCAACGCAUUCUGUACUUGUACAAUCGCAUGCUCAAACGAAGGAAAGGUCUGCAAAGAUUGCUAGCCGAAAGACUGAGAGAAUACAUCCGGGCGAUGAAGUACGGUUCAAGGUUAGGAUUUUUGGAUCGUCUAGCAUUCUUCUUCCCGCUGUGCUGUGGUUGGAUCAGGAUAAUCCAUAGGAAAUAUUGCAGCGUUUGCGGCUGUAAGGAGGCAAAGGACUUGUACGAAUGUGAUAGCUAUAAAUGUUUCCUGGUGUACUGUGAAGAAUGCUGGCAAGAUCUGAAGCAAACGUGCAUGGCAUGCGCGGAUGGAGCUCUCCUUGAUCAUAACUGCUAUUUGGAUCAUUAG